AUGAUCAAAGAUUUCAACUGCUUCUCCGAUCGAGGUUUGUCCUUCAGUGAAAAUGGUUUGGGUGCUAAUCUAUUUCAUGCCGACAGUGACAUAUGGUACGUGCUUCGAAACAGAUUCACACCCAUUUUCACAUCUGGUAAACUAAAGAACAUGCUCUAUCUUAUGGAUGAAAGAGGUGACAAAUUCCUUGAAUAUGUUAGCAAAAUUUGCACAGAAAAGCAUGAGCACGACAUAUACCCACUUGUACAGACGUAUACUAUGGCGACAAUUUCGGCUUGCGCCUUUGGUUUGGAUGUCGACGCAACAGCAGAUGAAAUGGAAGCUCUGAGCAGAUUAGAUAAACUGAUAUUCAAUAGGUCGUACGCUCACGAGUUAGACAUGAUGUAUCCGGGAAUCCUGAAACGGUUUAACGGUUCACUUUUUCCCGUCGAGUUGAAAAAAUUCUUCGAAAAAUUGGUGAAAAACGUUAUUCAAGCAAGAAAUGGUAAGCCCACCAGCAGAAAAGACUUCAUGGAUCUUCUGCUAGAAUUAAGACUAAAAGGUGAAAUUGAAGGGACAAAAAGAUAUGACGAAGAAAAAAGGACUGUUGAGCUGACUGAUGAUAUAAUCGCGGCACAAGCGUUUGUUUUUUACGCUGCUGGAUACGAAACCAGUGCGACCACAAUGUCGUUCAUGCUGUAUGAACUGGCUAAAAAUCCUGACGUCCAAAAUAAAGUUAUUGCAGAAAUAGACGAAGUACUGCAAAGUCAUAAUGGCAAAGUCACGUAUGAAACACUGAGCGAUUUAAGAUACAUGGAGAAAGUUUUUGAUGAGACGUUGCGUAUGUAUCCUUUAGUUGAGCCACUGCAGCGAAACGCACAAGUCGACUAUAAAAUCCCGGAUAUCAACUUGACAAUUAAAAAAGGACAGACGGUGACAGUUUCGGCAUUUGGUAUACAUCGUGAUGAGAAGUACUACCCCAAUCCGCAAAAAUUCGAUCCGGAAAGGUUUUCUCCAGAAAAUAUUAAAGACCGUCAUCCCUGCGCGUAUUUGCCAUUCGGCAUUGGACCUAGAAAUUGUAUUGGUAAGUUU